CGAGGCACUGAGCUGGCAAUUAAGGACAUUGAUCCGCUCCUGCCAGAUCUGCUGUGAAGGUUUAAAACGGCCUCAAUAAUCAAUAGUUAUUAAAAUGCAUUGCUUGGCUCUUAAAGUUAUUUGAAGCUGCAUUAGGAUCGGAAGUUCCUCAGUAUUGCAGCGCCACCUCCAUAUUUAACUUGAAAGGCUGACAAAGUAGUCUAAAAUAUUCUAGUUUGCUGGGAUGUUUGCAUUUCAAGGGUGUUUUCUUUUUCCAGUUUACAUAUGCUCUGUGUUAGCAACAAAGAGGUAGGAAAGAUUGUAGUAAUUCCUGAGCCCAUAGGUGGCAAAAAGAGAGAAAAGGGGACUGGGGCUGGGAGAGGGAGCAGGAUGGAAGAGCAGGAAGAGGCUAAACAGCUUCAUUACUAAAAUAUUUCUAACUCCUUGUCCUACACAGUAGAAAAGGAUCCUUAUAAACUUCUGUAGAGCUUUGCAUAUGACAUGAAUUUAAAGGGCAUUCAAAGCAUCUUUUGUGCUCAUUAGACCAGACAGACAGUUCCAAGUAUGCUUAACACAGACGUUUGAAAGACUAACACAACUGUUUCUGGAAAUAGACAUAGCUGUCCCACAGUGACCUGCACUGAGCUGGUGAUUUCUGUUUUCAUUUAAAGUGUAAGUUUAGGCAAGUUUAUCUUUUUCCAGAGAAGGUGGGAAUAAUUAAAAUAAAAUUAAAAAACAUAAAAGAAUGUGGUAUCCCUGCACAGAAUGUUUAUUAGUGAAGUACAAAACUGACGUAAAAUAAGUCAGGCUAUCAUCACAGAAUUCAGUAGGGACGCAAUAAUUUUCAGGUAUCUCUAAAAGCGUAGUAUCGCAACCAACCUGGCAUACUGCUUCACUUCAGGGUUAAAGUUUCCUCACCAAAUGAAUCAUUGAUUAGCAAAACAGAAAACAGCUACUGAACAGAUAAUGGGCAAUGCUCCAGGUUAUUUUUAGCACUAUUUUAGCAAGCCAUACAUUUAGAAUUGCAUUUUUUAAUGAUUUCUGGAGGACAGGAGAAGAGCCAAUAGUUAAAUAAAGUAGCAUAGCUCUUCUUUCCCACAAUAUUCAAUUAAAUGGUUGGCCGUUAAUGUAAGUCAUGUUGAACCUUUGAUCUACCUUUCAAAAUUUCCUUACCUUGCCGUGCAGCUUUCAUUAGUCUAAAAUAAAUUAGCAACCUUAGAACUUUAAUGAUAGGAUUGGCUGGUAAUUGUGCUCUGCUAUUGACUUGAUGCAGAAGUUCAUUUCUCACAGCUAUUGAAAUUCAACUGCCUCUUCCUUUGUGAGUCCAUUAGCAACCAAAGAUCCCAUAUAAACUGAUGUGCCCUUUUCAUGGUAGUGGAAGAUGUAAGAACAAGAGAGAGACGGAGCUCUGAACAACAAUAGCCAAAUAAGAAGGAAUGAAAGUCUCUCAUUUGAUUGUUUCUAGCAUUACUGCAACUGAGGGAAAUAAAGAGUUCUCACCAUCAAUUGCCAUAAUGCAUUCUGCUUUACAUUACCAAGUCCAGCUAGAGGGCUUUUUAGCAAACAUACUAAAAUAUGGGAAUGCUUUUGUCUUUUCGUUGCACCUUCCUCUUAGGUCUCUUUAAACUAAACUCUUAACACUUGUAGGCAUUAUUUCCCCUGCGCUCCCAAGCUAGCAAGAAGAUUACAACAGUGAGAGCCUUUUAGGUCACCAGUCCUGCUCCCCAGACACAUACAGUAGGUAGGAACAUCCAUUCAAGCUGUUAAGCCUCAGAAGAUGGAGGUUACUAAGGCAAUGUGGUAGCAGUAAGGAUUUUGAGUUGUCUUUACUAUUCUGCUGGGGCAAAUAGCUCUGCCCUCUCCUGGAAGCUGUGAAGCAUGAGCUUUAGCUGUAGUUCCUCUGGACUCUUGAUUGUGACUCUGUGUCCCGCUGGAGAAGGCUCUGCUGUGUUUUUAGGUCACUAAGAUUGCAGACCCAGGCUUUCAGGCACCCCCAGAUUGGGCAAGGAUGGUUACAGUUCCCUCCUAUUGCCAAUAGUAUGGUUAACCAUGCUUGUAUUUCACCUAUGUACAACUUCUACAACAAUGUCCAGUGCACUUGAUAGAUUUUAUAGUUUGCCUAAUCUGAAAGCUUCUCUGUUCCUACUGUCAAGCUAAUUAAAUCUCUUCCUGCAGUAACUUCCUAUUUCGGUUAGAAGAAAUACAGAGGUUGUAUCUAUUGCUAUGUAUCCCUUGGAAAAGUAGAAUCAUUAUGCUUCCAUUUAAAUCAAAAAAUCUUUCACAUUAUUUUUCUGUUCAUUAUUCUUAACAACAAACAGCAUAAUAUUGCAAUAAUCGGAGGUUCAUUAAAAUUUUGCUUUCACUACUUAUGCAUGAGAGCUGUGCAUGUGUUGAAGCCACUCAAGACCUCAGCACUAUAAAUAGUGCUCUAUUGUUAGUGGAUAAAAGAUGAAACCAGUCUCCAGUCACUGGAGCACAGCAUGCCCUAUUAAAUGUUAAGCUCUGCCUGUGCUAAAAGUGAAAGGCAACAUGAACCUAUAAACUAGUCUGCGGGUAAGGCAUAUGACUGGGAAGAGUUUGCUGUGACUCUACAGCUUCCCCAAAGCGACAGGAUCAGCAACUUACCUUUCUGCCUCUGCGAUGGCAGAAGCUGUUAUAAGACACUGGGUGGAAACUCCUGUACGCUACCAAGAGCAGUUUGCUGUCCAAGAGCUGGAAGGACACAAACUGGACCACUCUUUAUAUGCUUUGCCAGGUCCUUCUACAGCUGCACGGAGCAACAGAAGGUGUACUGCAGAAAGUACAGCUGAGGCUGGGAAGAGUGGCCAGGAGGAGGAAAACACAGGCUUCCAGGUCUUGCUGGAUGUUGUGCAGUUCCGCCCUGAAGAUAUCAUUAUUCAGACUUUUGAAGGCUGGCUCCUGAUCAAGGCUCAGCAUGGACCCAGGAUGGAUGAACAUGGUUUCAUAUCCAGAAGCUUUACCAGACAAUACAAGUUACCUGAUGGAGUGGAGAACAAAGACUUGUCUGCACUAUUCUGCCAUGAUGGCAUUCUGGUUGUUGAAAUGAAGAACUCUGUGGGAAAGAAUUAGAACCUUGCCCGUAGUUUAUUGGUGAGAUAAAACCAUUCAUAAUAUAACAAAAUAAUAUAAUUCGAGCAAUGCUGUAGAGUGUAGUAAGCAUGUGGCUGUAUUUACGUUGCAGUAAAGGAAAAUCUUUGUAUGUGUUUUUCAGUAUGCUGAGUUCAUUGUUUGAUGUGAAGUGUCAGACUGCUUGCCUCCAGUAACAUAUGUGUUGAAAAGCCAGGCUUUUUUAACAGCAGAGAAUUUAAGCUCAUCACAGCAGGAGAAAAAUAAAUCUACUUGAUAACAUAUUGAAAAUAAAACACAUUUGUGAGCUCAGUAGGAGGAGCUGUAUUUCUAAGGAAUAAGCAUUUGUCAUACAUAGUCGUAAUCAUUAAAGAAGAAAUAGACAG